CAACGUGACUUACUCUGUCCAAUCGUGGUUUCUUAGAGCUGGAAUGAGCCGCAGAGCGCUGCCCGCCCGCCUGCCUGUCACUCUGCGGGCUGCAAAUCGCACCGUGUGCUCAUGAUUGCCGCCAGCCAAGACCUGCUGACUGAGGCCCCUCAGGCUGCAAAGAAAGUGGAACCCUGUCGAAUGUGGUGACCCGUAUCCACUCCCUCCCGUAGUCACAGUACGUGGUGAUACAGUUGCACCCCAAUGGAAAUUCAAUCACGAGAUGGAUCGGAGUGAGUAGCAACUGCUCUCCUGUCUCUCCCCUGCUGGCCUGCUUAUCGAUGAAUUCGUCCAAAGAAGGACUUCAAACACAUCUGGAUUAAAGACAUCUCAGUACUGGAAGGUGGCUUGGAGGGAAAAUCAUCCACUUCACUGUCACCAAAUCUGCUGGCAGCGCACGUUUGAACCAGGGCAGGACUUCCUGAAAGAGAUUUAAACCAGAGGAACCGGAUUCGCUCUGUGGACUCAGAGGUCAUCCCACUGACCAACUGUGAGGCCAUGUACCAGGCAGCUGUCUCCAAGCGAGCAGACAACACUAUCCCCAGCGGGGUCAUGGAGGAGUCGGAGGUCUGUUCCCUGCCAGGGGGACUUGUCAGUGUGAGGAAACAGUUUGAGACCCAGGAAAAUACAACCUCACACCAUGUAACCCAGUUCCAUUUUCAUCACAGAACUGUACAGGAAAUGUCAAACUCAGAAGUGACAGUGUCAAGCAGGAACAGUCAGGUCGUCCCAGGCAGUCAGCAGCUACACUUCAAUCAAGAAAUGAUGGAGUCAUACAGCAACAAUAACUUGGAAUCAAGUUAUGAAAACCAUCAAAACGAAACAGAAGAGGAGUUUCCCAGAUACACUACAAAAGAACUGAGGGAUCACUUUGAAAGAACAAUAGAAGAGGCUGCUCCGCACAAACCAAUCAAGAUUGAACGUGACAUCAGUCGAUCUAAGUGGUCCUCAAAGGUGACACAAAACAAUACAGUGACUAGUGAGGUGUGUGAAGCAACCACUACUGAGCCCACAGAAGACACACUGGCAGCUGUGAUGGAUUAUGAGGAUUUUCCGCCCCCACCAACUGAAGAUUCUGACUAUCUUCCACCUCCACCUCCAGACUUACUACAAAUGCCAUCAGACAGUCAAGAUAUUCCAGCAUGGCAUGACUCACCUGAGCCUCCAGAACCAGCAAACCCCUCCAAAUACUCAGAGCAAAGCAGAGAGGCUUACCUCAAGCAGAGGAGAAUGAAUGAGCUGAAACGUCUUUACAAGCACAUUCACCCCGAGGUUCGGAAGAAUAUUGAGAAGGAGUACUACAGUGAUUACAACGAAACUGAGGUCAACCAGUUAGAGAGCCAAGACUACAUGUAUGAGGAUGAUGUUGACGAUAUCAACGAUGAAGAAUAUGUGGAAUGGGAAGAGAUUCUCCCUGGGGAUGUGCAGGCGAUGCGUUGGAUGUUUGAAAAUAAGCCACUGGAUACCAUUAAAGAUGAAGUUCCUGAUGAGGAUGACGACAACAACAAAAUAAGGCAACAGGAAAUCAUUCUUGGAAAAGAUGUGAAACGCACAGCUUGGAUGUUUGAGACCAAGCCAGUAGAUGAGCUGAGUUCACACAAUAUAAACUCAACAGAAUAUAAAAACAAAUUCAACAAAUUUGAUAAGGGAGAUGUCCGUGCUGCAGCGUGGUUGUUUGAAACCCAAACAAUGGACACUCUAAAUAAAAUGCAUAAGGAGGAGGAUUUAACGAAAGAGAUUGUCUUCACAGAGGAGGAUGGACAUGCUACUAUUUAUAUGAUCGACAAUAAGUACAUGGAAAGUCUUGGGCACACUGAGACCAUUGACGAGAGCCACCUGUUAACUCUAAGGUCAGUGUUAGAAGAAAUUAAUGGUGAAGUGAAAACUGUUACAACCACUUUUGACACUCAGUUUAAAUGCAUCAUUAUGGGACAGUCAAGCCAAAUGCUGGAGAUUAAGUCUGUGCGUAAAAUUGAAACUGAAUUAGAGAACUCCAUUGCUUCACGUUGGCUUUUUGAUACCCAACCCCUGGACAUGACAAACAGAGAACCUACAUCUUUGAAACUUGUGUGUAGUCUUUCCAUGGAGGACAGCAAUAAGGGUGACUGGGGCAGGUGGUUGUUUGAGAUAAAGACAUUGAACUCUCUCAGUGAGUGGGAAAGCUCAAAAAUUGAGAAUCAAGAGAUCAUUGGAGCUGACGUACACAAGCAUUGCUUAGUGUUUGAAACUCAGCCAAUGGAUUCUCUGAAGGAUGAUUCCAAUGCAAGACCCCAGACUACUGAAGAAAUUAUUGGGGGCAAUGUUAGAUCUGCGAGACACUUUUUUGAAAGCAGCCCUCAGGCAGAGAGGAAAGCUGGCCCUGAGGUCGGAAAACUCAAAAAGGCAACAAUGAAUGAAGAAAUAAAAGGGGAUGUGAGACACCAAAAGUGGCGCUUCGAGAGUCAACCUCUAGAGCACAUAAGAGAGGACAAGAAGGAGGUUACUCGCACUGUGAAUGUCGAGGAUGACCUCACACAGGAGGAUGGCACAAGCUGCAGGGCAGAUGUGCGCAAGAACUGCUGGGUAUUUGAGACCCAGCCAAUGGAUACUUUAAAAGAUGAUUCAAAUUCUCUGCCCAUGACAAAGGAGGAAAUUAUUGCAGGUAACGUGAGAUCAGCCAGACAUUAUUUUGAAACGAUUCCGACUGAGGAGUUGAAAGACCUUGCGGAGGUGGGCAAACUUAAAAAAACUGUAGCACUUAAUGAGGAGAGGGGUGAUGUCAGACAUCAGAAAUGGCGAUUUGAAAGCCAACCCCUGGAGGAAAUAAGAGAGGAAAAGAAGGAUGUCCUCAGAACUAUCGACCUGGAAGAAAUUGAUAAAGUAGACGUCCGAAACUACAAGCAAAUCUUUGAAAGUACAGAUUUAAAUAGGAGGGAUGAAUCUCAAAAGAUUCUCAUAGAGGGUGUAACAUCAGGCUCGGUGAAAUCAAACAAAAACCUGUUUGAGUCUACUCAACUGUAUGCCAUGCAGGACCGCUCAGGGCACUUCCAUGAGGUGAAAACAGUGCGCCGUGAAGAGGUUGUGAAAGGAGAUGUAUCGACAUGCAAAUGGAUGUUUGAAACGCGACCAAUCGACCAGUUUGAUGAAAGCAUUAAUAAAUACCAAAUUAUCAAGGGCAUAUCCAAACAGGAAAUAGAGUCUGGUGAUGUUAAAACUGCAAAGUGGUUGUUUGAAACGCAGCCUCUUGAUGGCAUUAAGUACUUCAGCAAUAUUGAAGAUGAAGAAAUUUUGGAGACAAGUAAAAAUGUUGACAUCAUCAAGGGUGAUGUGAAAACCUGCAAGUGGCUAUUUGAGACUAAACCAAUGGACAUCCUGUAUGAAAGAGUAGAGUUAAGGGAUGAAAACAAAUCUGAAGAAAUGCAAAAGGGAGACGUCAAAACUUGCACAUGGCUUUUUGAGACACAAGCACUUGAUUCUAUUCAAAACGAGACAGAGACCGUUCUGAAGACCUGCACUGUGAAUCAAGAGGACAUUAGAGGAAAAGAUGUGGGAAUGGCUUGUUUUCUCUUUGAGACAGAGAAACUGGAGAACCUCACUGGAGAAGAGACAGGCUCUUUUAAGCGUGUCACAGAGAUAGACAUUGCAUCAGGGGAUGUGUCAAGGAUGAAGUACAUUUUUGAAAAUCAAGCAUGUGAUAUCAUGACAUCAACCUCUGAGGAAGUAAUGCAAAAGCUCAAGAGAGUUCAGACUGAGGACAUACAAAAGGGAAAUGUAGUGAACUGUAAAUGGCUCUUUGAAAAUCAGUCUAUAGAUACAAUACAUGAUAGCCAAGAGGAAUCUAUGAGCAGCCGCACAGUGACUGAUGUACAAGGAGGAGAUGUAGACAAGGGCCGUUUCAUUUUUGAAACUUACUCCUUAGAUAAAAUUCAGGAGGAAUCCUCUGAAACAAACACGGACCUGAUAAAAAUGCAAAAAAUUGUCCGUGAUGAGGAUGAGAAGGGAGAUGUGAGAAAUUACACCAUGAUGUUUGAAAAUCAGCCUCUUUAUGCCAUUCAGGACAAAGAGGGCCUUUACCACGAAGUCACUACUGUUACAAGUGAAGAAGUAACUCGAGGAGAUGUUGUUGGAACUCGAUGGUUGUUUGAAACCAAGCCUCUUGACGCUAUCAUAGACACAGAUGAGGUUCAUAUAAUUAAAUCUGUCACACAACAGGAUGUGCAAAAAGGAGAUGUCACCUCUGCCAAGUGGAAAUUUGAGACUCAGCCCCUCGACAGGAUUGCUGAAGAAAGUAAGGCUUUAAUAAAAACCGUACAUGAUAUUCAAGGAGGCAAUGUUAGGAUGAACAAAGAUCGUUUUGAGUCGGAUGCCCUGUCACAGGAAUCUGUUAGAACGGUCAAUGUGAGUGAAAUACACAAAGGUGAUGUCAGAACAGCAAAAUGGAGAUUUGAAACCCAGUCCAUUGACAAAAUAAGAAGCAUGAGCUCUGAAAAUCUGAUUGAAACAGUUAAAAAGGAAGAAGUUGCAAAGGGAGACGUUAAACAUUCAGUGUGGCUCUUUGAGAAAAACCCUCUUGACCACAUUAAAGAGGUAGAUGAGGACGAAUAUCAGCGGAACAUCACUCAAGAGGAGAUCUCCAAAGCAGAUGUAAAGACAACAACAUGGCUCUUUGAGACAACACCAUUUGACAACUUUAAUGAGACAAAAAUGGAAAAGACUGAAAUCCUGGGAAAGAGCGUCAAGGGAACUCUUGAGGAACUUUAUAGUCAGGAAAUGGUGAAGUCAAAGGGAAUACUCAUUGAAGCUGAUGAAAUAGGAGACGUUAGAAUGGCAAAAUACCAGCUAAUGAAUAAGCAGGCUCCAGAGAUUCAACGAGAGGAAGUCAUUAGGGGAGAUCUGCAAACUAUUAUGAUGAACCUUCUGAACAGAAAUGAAAGAAACGAACGGCAGAUAGUCAUAGAUUCAGAAGAGAAGGGUAACAUCAGUUCAACAGUGCAGCAACUUUUCAACCAAGAGAGAGACGGCAGAAUUGAAAGGGAGGAAAUACUACAAGGUGACAUUCGGGAAGCUAUUAAUAACCUUUUCAAUCAGGACCAAUCAGCAAAACAUGGAAUACUCAUCCAGGAGGAUGAGAAAGGUGACGUACGGAUGACAUUAUAUUCCCUUCUUAAUAAACAAGACAAUGUUAAUGUUGAAAAAGAAGAUAUUGUAAGAGGGGAUAUAAAAAGUGCUCUUCAAAGACUGUCCAGCUCAGAAAAGUCUGAUCAGGCAGUCAAGAUAAAGGUAGAUGCCACUGAAAAAGGAAAUGUCAACUUUUACUCCACAUGCAUUGAAUCGGGGUCGCUCGACUAUCUUAAACAGCUCCAUUUAGGACCUGAAGAGAGCCCACCAGCCACAACUGAAAAAGAGAGAAUCAUUGGAGGCGACAUCAAGGGCACAAAACGCAUCCUUGGCCGUAAUCAAACACAGAUUGAGCGUACAGUGGAGGAUGUUAUCCCUGGUGAUGUUCACAACACUGUGAAAGUUUUCAUGUCCGAGCCAGCCAUCUCAUUGGAAAGACUCCAAAAGGAAGAGAUAGUCAAAGGUGAUUUAAAAGCUGCUUUGAAUUCAUUGUCUGAAUCAGCUAAUCAGACAGUUGUUGUAGAGAAAGAAGCAGUGGUGAAAGGCAACAUACCGAAAGCCCUGCGGUGCUUAGAGAGGGCUCAACAGCGGUACAAGGAGGUGGAGAAGCCAGAUAUCAUACCAGGUAAUAUCAAAGGGGCUCUGAGAUCGCUUGAGAAGUCUGCAACAUCCAGAGCUGAAGCUGUUGUCGAGGAUUUAGUUCCCGGAGAUGUGAAAGCCACGCUAAAAUCUCUGGAGCUGGCAAAGCAAGUGGUUAGGGAAGUUGAAAAGGAAGAAAUCGUGAGGGGUGAUAUUCGCAUAGCCAUGCAAAGUCUACAAGAUGCCUCCACUGAGAGGAGGAAGUGUCAACAGGCAACAGAUGUUCAGGGAGACGUCAGAGGAACAAUUCAGCUCUUAAUGGAGCCUCCACCUUCACCAAGCAUGCAAAGGAGCCCAAGCCUAGAGGGUGACGUAAAGGGUGACGUCAAGAUGUCAAUUAAGUCAUUAUAUGAGAUGCAGGAGCAGACCCAGCUGGACAAAGAAGAAGUGAUAAAGGGUGAUGUUAAAGGCACUAUUAAAUCUUUGUUGGAAUCUGCACAGCGUGAAACUCCCAAAGUCAAACUUAGAGCUUACAGAAGAGUUAGAGUAAAGCAGUGUGCUCCAGUCAAAAACCUCAGUGCUGAUGCACAAAGGAACAUACAAAAGAUAAAAACAGCUAAUCAGUUUGAAACAUCAGACGAAAAUCAGUCCAUCUCUAAUCACACUGAAAUAGUAAGAACGGAAUCAAGUUCUGAGGAACAGUCUGCUCAGCAAUCAACGACUGUGGUGGAGCAUAAAACAAUCACCCAAAACCAUGGCAUCAAAACAUUAAGGACAGAGUUUCGUAAUCUAAAGGCAAGCCCAAAGGGAAUGAUAAAAGUAAAUAAAACCAAAGUAGAAACUGGUGUUUAUAAAGUUAAACCACAAUUGUCGGAACCUGAGCUUCCUCUUCCACCUCCACCUUUGCCAGUGAUAGACACAGAUUUUCCUCCUCCUCCUCCUUCUGUUGAUUCUGACAUUGAUCACCUUCCUCCUCCACCACCACCUCUCACUAGUGAGCAGGACUUCCUCCCACCUCCUCCAUCUCAACAGGAACUGGACAGCAUGCCAGCACAGGCAUCACAUCCUUCACCAGCAAAAGCAAAAAAGAUGACAGUUAAAAAAGUGAAAGGUCCAACAUUACACCCGGUCCCAAAGCUGGAGCCUAAAGUCGAAUUAAGUAAAACACAACACAUGGAGGUUACAUCAGAGAAGGUGUUAGAAAUGAGCCAAAAACAAUCGAAAACAACAACACAUACUUCAAAAACAGUUUCCUGUGAAAUCCCCCCGCCACCUGAGUCACCACAACCACUAAAGAAAGCUUAUACCUCUCCUGUGAAAUUCACCCCUCCACCCUCUCCUCCACCUUUCAUGCGACGGCCAAUGAGUAAAUUCGACACUCCAUUAAUAAAAGCAGAAGAAAAGUACCGGAAGCUGAGGGAGGCCAACACACCCCCAAGAACUCCAACACCCACUUACAUACAUGACUCAGUUACUGCAGCUCUUGAAAUGCUUUCCACCAAAGACACAGAGCAGUCAAAUAACAACACAUCAGAAAUACUGAGAGCUGGAAAGACAGCACUGAAUGUUCAUUCAGAUUCCCGAUCUUGUGAUUUAUCCAAGCAUGUUGUUGUCUCCAGUACCACAGAGAGCAGUGCUGGUCAUCAGAAAAUUCUCACAGAUUCAAUGGCUAUGUCUUCCGCUAAACAGCAAAUAGUCUCUAAUGAGUCUUCUGAGGUUGUCUCCGUUCAAAAUACCUCAGCUGUGUCUACAGUGAUGCAGCAGAUGCAAACGACUACACAGAAAACAGUUUCUGUUUCCUCCAAGAAGUCAAUUCAGUCUGUCAUGGCUGACGAAGUCCAGACCUCUGUCACCGACAUAGUAAAAACAGAAAACAUAUCAACUGACAGAAAGAAGCAUUCUAAAACAAAGGGCUGCAACAAAUCCGAAGAUAAAAACGAAGAUGAAGUGCGUUGUCAGAAAAUCCCUGUUAAAACAGUAAAACCUGAGCCUGCUGUUACUUCUGAGGAGAAUGUAAAAUCACAAAAGACACAAUAUGAGAACAAGAAAAAAGAUAACACAGCAUCGGAGUUACCCAUCGGAAUUAACCUUCGCAAUCAGUCCUUCGAAAUAGAAAAUGUCACCUCAGACAAAAAUGUAAAGGAGUCCAGAUCCCCACAGCGUGUUGGCAAGAAGAAAACUGAUCAUUCUUCUACCGAGAGCCAAGAGACUGUUUAUGAUCAGCUAAUGCAAACAGAAAAACCAGCUGCCAAUGCAAAUGGAAAAAUGGGUAAAGCAAACCAAAAGGUGAACAAGAUCAAUAAACAAGAAAAGCACAUAGAGACAAAAACAUCCAAAGAGAAUGAGAAACAGAGCAUUUCACAAGAUUUCGAGGUGGAAGUGAAGGAAGCUACUGAGGUGAAAGUGAUCAGGAAAUCCACUGAAGUAAAGACGGAGUUAAAGCAGGGGAUUAAGAGUGUUACUCUCUCUCCUGCUGCUGCCUCUGUGCCUGCUGUUACUGUUGGCAUAAUUGACAGCCAACCAGAAACUCCAACUCCAUCAAAGAAGAAAAAGAGGUCCAAAAAGUCUAAAGGGGUUGCGCAGCAAGGUCAGGGUAAAGAUAUUUCCACUGACUCAAAAAUAGACAUUAUAGAAACCAAGACAGCAACAUAUGAAAAAUCCCCACAAGCUCAGGAUACAAUUGCAUUCGCCCAAGUGAACACAAAUGUAAAAGAGGAGCACAUUCAAGUGAAGAGAGAAGUCAAUAUGACAAAAAGUAUAGACGAUCACAAUUCACAGGAAGGGAAAGAAGUUCAGAAACAUGUGAAGGGAUCACAAAAGAAGAAAGAAAUUACAGUCACACGGCAAAGUGCAGAGGACCCACCAGGAGAAAGUAGGAAUGUCCCAAUUACAGUGACAAGUGAGUCAGAACAAAAUGAACUAGUAAAGUCCACAAGAGAGAGAACAGAAGAAUCUCACAGCCAAUUAUUAAUAUCUCACAUCACUGAGAUACAACGCAUUUCAGAAAAGACUGAUUCUAAAUCUGAAACAUCUCGGCUCACCACAGAUUCGGAUUGGCUAAUGAGUUCAGAAAUAGCGGAAAGAAAUGCUCCAAAAAAUUCUGAAUUUCUUUCAAGUGGGACGAAAGUAGCAGAGCCUAAGCUGACCCAUCUAGAAGAUAAUGAAACAAUGGAGAAGCAUGAAUGUGAAUCAGUUUCUGAGAAAUGUGUUUCUGGUGGGGCAGUGCCAAGAAUAUCCAAGAUCAGUAUUGGUUCUGCCAAAGUUGAGAACCAAACAAAGAAAAAGACCUCCCAUGAACGAAGGAAAGAAGAAGUGACUCAGUGCAAGUCUGUUGACCUUCGGGCUGCCUCGCCAUCACUGAGGAUGCGUUCUCCCUCGCCGACAUUUAUUACCAUCGAAUCCACACGACGAAAUGGCUCCCCUCAAAGAGUUACUCCGUCACCUACCCUGCUACACAGACCACCUACACCUCCCACACCGCCGCCACGCAGGUGUGACACCCCGACAUCACGCCUCACUAGAAUCACACCUUCUCCAACUUUUGACAGAGCAGAAAAUCUGGCUCGACUCAAAGACACAACAGCCAAGCUCUCACGUGGCGUCACCCCACCGCCACUACUUCCCCAACAAAUCCCAGAGAAGAAAUCUGAGAUUGUGGAAUCACCUCCAUCGUUCCAUCGGCAAAUCAAAAUCGACUCCCAACUUGUGAAGUCCUCAGGGAAAGCAGUGGAAAUGGAAAAACCCCCAAAGAGUGUAACUGGGGAGGCUCAGUGGACUGAUGUAAAUUCUGCACGUGUGAAGGGAGAUCAGGCUAAUAUCUCAGAGAAUCUGGAUGCAAAUGAAAUACAAAGUAUGCCUUUGUGUCAAAAUGACCCUGAACUUGUUGAAGCUGCAGAUAUUUCAGAGCCAUCAUCUGCAUCUGUCAAAGAAAAGAGAGAAUUUUUUGAAGAGGCACAAAAGGCUGGAUUUAAUAAGAGUUAUAUGCGAAAGGAGCCCAUUGUGAUCCCUGAACGACUGGGCCCAGACAUGGAGGAAUAUGAGGAAGAAAACAAGAACAAAGAAAAGGAUGAGCUUCCCAAGGCGGACUUGUCUAGUCUUGUAAACAAAUUUGAAUCACCAGAAGAGAAAUUAUAUUCCAGAACAGAGCUUAUCCCACUCACAGAGUGGCUUCACAAUGACAGUGAAGGCACAGAUUGUGACAAAGAGAAAGCAAACAUCCUGGAACAGGAAAUGCCUACUUUUGACAUUCAGGCUAUUAAAAAUGUUUUUGAAUUGGGUGAGCAAAGUUCCUCAUUCAGGGAGGAGAAAAAGGAUCAGGAGGAGACUGUGUCAAGCCUGACUAAAACACCAACAGACACUUCAAAGCAGAAAAGUUCGCAAGAGACAAAGGGAGGCUCACGAAAGAGCACCUCCUCCCCUCCACAGAAAAAUGAUGUAGAAACUGUGCCAGCAGAGCUACCACAAGUCUUCUCUGAAUCCAAAUCAAUCACAGAACAUUUCUCAAAUGUUGAUGAGUUUGGUAACAAGGUCACUGGAACAAGGACAGCUGUCACUGAACACUCUGAGAGUGUGUCGACGAAGCAGGCUCCUUUUUCAUAUGCUGAUGCCGUUAAGAAAAAAGCAGUGAGGCGAACAGAAACCUACGAUGCCGACGCUACCGAGCAGUUGCUGAGGAAUUUCCACAAAACGUGGACAGAGAGUGAGACAGUUUUCAAGAGCCUUGGCUACACUGUUUCUGAGGAGGCAACAUCACAAGUUGUGUCGCAUCACAUGAACAUUGCGCCCUCUGGUUCGAGUUCCGAAGUCGGAGCUCUGCACGGUAUGUCGGAGGAGAGCUUAUCCGAUGGAUGCUCUGAUAGUGGACAAAAAAAGUACCAUAAAUCCUGUUUCUGCUGUGAGCACUGCAGAAGUAAAUUAAGCCUAGGAAAUUAUGUCUCUCUCCAUGGACAUUUCUACUGUCUUCACCAUUACAAACAACUCCUCAAGUCCAAAGGGAGCUACGAUAAUGGACUUGGGCAGAAACCUCCCACAGGAAGUGGUGGACCUAUCCCCUCAGAUGAGAAACUUGAAUAUAGAUAUUCCAUGAGCAGCCUAAGUUCAGUAGAAAAAACACACAUUGAAAUGACAAAAACGUGUGAUGAAAGCAAACCACACUACAACAAAAUAUCUGUAGUUUGGCCUCCACAGGCUGAUCUCCCAAAGAAAGCCUUUAAAAUAGAAGAAGACAUUCAGCUAACUAAACCACAGUGGCCCCCUCAAGACAACUCCCCGAAGACACCCACACACCAGCACAGAAAGGCUGUUCCCAGAAGUGUCCUUUGAAAUGUAGUCAACCAACUACACCGUUUAGUCAAAAAGAAAGAAAAAAAGCAAAGAAGAAGAACAUAAGAAUGAAUAGGAAACGAGGAAAGAAGUGUCCUGUUGGCAUAGCUGAGGAAGUGUUUGAAUGAAGGUCAUGCAGUUAAGUGAUAUAAGGGAACAUGAAACGUAAGAAAAUGAAAGGAAAAUUGUUGUGUAUAUACUUGUAAAUGGUGUACCAGUGGAGAAGCAGGUUGUAGCUGUAAUUAAUUGUAAGUAAGAAAGUAAGUGCUAGAAAGACAGAUGUGGGUGGAAAGCGGAUGUAGAGAUGAAGCAGUGUGCCUCGAACUAGCAGCUUGUCCCAUGUGCAAUUUUUCAGUUUGCUUUUUUCCUGUUCCGUUCAGUAGUCAGCGCUCAUUUAACAUGUGACACUAGAAAUUGAAUCAAAUCUAAAAACAACAACAAAAAGAUCAUUUUAAUCAUUAUGGCUAGAAACAGCAUCAUAACAAAUUUAAGCUCUGGAUCAAAUAAAAUACUAACCGCAGUAAAUGUUGUUUCAGUCUAAAUUUCUGGGUGGUCUAGUCAGGUUUAGACUAAACCUUGGUUAAAUUCCCACUGCUCUUGAAAUUUAUGUCCUUUCCAAAUAUAAUUUGGCCCACUGUCUAUUUCAUCUCCUGUUUUAUUCUAAAAUCAAUUGGGUUGUUGUACAAUUCACUAAUUUUUUUCAUGUUACUCUAUGCACAAUUCACGAAAACAGUUUCGGUCUGUGGACUUUGCUGUUGUAUUAUUUUGUCGAGGCUUUUAUCUUUCAGCAUAUCAACAUUUUUGCAUUUGCCUUUUCGUAGCACCUGGUGUGCAGACUACUACAUAAAAGCAUCCUGGAAUUAUUUUAUUUAUAAUAUUGAAAGUAUAUAAUAUGAACAGGUGGACUGGUGAUGUUUGUUUUGGACAUUUGUUUCCUGUUUUGAACAACAAAUAUUUUUGAAUGAAGAAUUUUAUUUUUUAGAUUAGAUAAUUAUACCUCGCUUUGUACAAGAAAAUUCCUGAUUCUGUCAUGCUGUCAGGCUGGUUCACUUACUUUAUUGCUGAUCUAAGGGCAAUAAAAUAUUGAAUUUAA